CAUGCAUCCCUUGUAGCGGGAGAAGAAAUCGCGGCCUCGCAAGGAGUCUCAGUGCAAAGUAAGGUUCUAAAAAUCGGCCUAGGCGGCUGAGUUCCGUUCGGAUUUUGGCGUAGUCGAUGGAGCUAGGCAGUGGGCUGAAAAUCGGCCGCCUAGUCGGGCUAGGCGGAGCCUAGGCGUUCUGGGCGGGUCUGCUGGGCGCUUUCCUUGACUGACUCACUCCCUCAUGAAUUUCUGGGUUGAAGAUAUUGGAAUUUGUCUCGAGCUUUUGGUCAACUGGUCUUGCUCUUGGACUCUUGGUUCGAUUCAAAAAUCUUCAAGCUUGGCCAAGCUGUGGUGUGACUGUCCUUUCUGGACUGAAGAUGGUAUGUGCCUCUUGCGUGACUGCAGCGUCUACGAAUGCCCGGAAAAUGAAUUUUCGGAACCUUUCAAGAGGCCCUUUCACCGUGGCCUUCCAUCCGACAGUUUGGUUUGUCAAGAUGACAAGCUGCAGGGGUGUGUUGACCGCACUCUAGACAGUAGGGCUUUUAGAGGCUGGAUUGAGACAGAUAACCCUUGGACAAAUGAUGACGAGACUGAUAAUGAGAUUGACUCUGUUAACUUCUGA